ACUGCGCAGACGCGACUGACGUCAGCGUGGCAAUAUGGCCGCACACCAUCGGCUGUGUGCGGCGUAUCUAGUGUGAUAAAACGGACUUUUCUCGAUUAAUAGUGUCGGUCGGUCAGUGCGUAGAUAUCACAGGAUGUCGGAUUACCUGAGGUCGGCCUUUGGUUACCUGAAUGGUGCUGCUGCGGCCAGUAACGAUUACGUUGGCCAGGUCAUCGAGAUUAGCGGUGUCAAGCUCCGUGUCAACAGACUUAUUGCCGAGGGUGGAUGGGCCUUAGUAUUUGCCGUUGAAGAUGUUACUACUGGGAAAGAAUAUGCUUUGAAAAGAAUGAUUGCAGUCGAUGAAAAAACCAAAAAAACAAUACUUCAGGAAAUAGAAACUCUUAAAACCUUAACCAAGCAUCCAAAUAUUAUACAAUUCUUGUGUGUACAACAAAUUGAUAGGGAUGAAAAUAAAGGAUGCGAAUAUCUUCUGGUAACGGAAUUAUGUCCUGGUGGAACGCUAGCAGAUGUUUUAAGGAAUAUUACUGUACAUUCGCUUAGUGUUGCUCAAGUAUGCAAAAUAGCUUAUCAGGCAACAAAAGCCAUCCAUCACAUGCACUCCCAACAGCCACGACCGUUUAUUCAUAGAGAUAUAAAGUUAGAAAAUUUUCUAAUUGGCAGCGAUGGCUUAAUCAAACUUUGUGAUUUUGGAAGUACAACAGUUCGACAAAUAUUGCCGGAUACUUCUUGGAAUGCCCAAAAGAGAGCUCAAUUAGAAGAUCACAUGGCUAAAUUUACAACACCUAUGUAUCGAGCGCCUGAAAUGAUGGAUACUUGGAAUAAUGAUCCUAUUGGACCACCAGUAGAUUGUUGGGCACUUGGAUGUGUUCUUUAUACCAUUGUAACAUUACGUCAUCCUUUCCCUGAGGGCAAUAAGCUGGCGAUAGUCAACGGCAAGUACCCACCGUUGCCGGCGAAUCCGUGCCUCGGUUGCUUCAACGACCUGAUCAAAGGCUGUCUGCAAGUUUCCCCAACCCAGCGGCUGACGACAGCAGCAUUACUCGAGAGGCUGGCAGCCAUAGCCGAGUCGAACGGUUUCGAUCCGCGGGAACCUGCGAAACUCGAAUUCACCCCCACGAAGCCGCCGCCCCCGACAAGGCCCGCACCACCAGUCCCGUCCGCGGCUGCUUCGGGAACAGGUUUAGGAGGUGGUGCCACGAUGCCGCCUUCGAGGCCGACGCCACCGAUGCCUACUCAUCAACAGGGCCCACCACAAAAGACGCCAGGGACUCAGUCAUCAGGUUUGUUCAGUUCGUUGAAGGGAGGCGCUGGCAGCCUCUUGCGCAACAUCAAGGACACCUCGUCGAAAGUGAUGCAAACGGUACAGCAGAGCAUGGCGCGGACGGAGCUCGACGCGAGCUACUUGACCUCCCGUAUCCUCGUAAUGCCUUAUCCGGUGGACGGGAUCGAGUCAGCCUACCGGGCCAACCACAUCGAGGACGUGCGAGCCUUCCUCAUGGCCCGCCACCCUCCCCCAACCAAAAUACAAUUUUACAAUCUGUCGAGGGGUAGGCCGAAUGUCACUAGGCUCAUCGGUCGCCAUAUCGAUUGCUCAUUCGCGUACGUCUCCUCGGAAGCCAACGCUCCGCUCUUGUCGGCGAUAUACCAGAUUUGCCAGGAUAUCUAUCGAUAUCUCAAUGCCGACGUCCAUCAUGCCGUCGUGAUUUACUGUAACGAUGGCUUGCGCGCAAGUGCCGUGAUAUCCUGUUCACUUCUCCUGUACGCGGACGUCCUCAGGACUACGGACGAGGCGAUCUCCAUGUUCACGACGCGUCGCUGCCAGCCACCGCAGCUUCAGCCCUCCGAGCUGAGGAUCAUCCGUUACAUGGCUUCAUUGACGAACGGCAAGUCACCGCACAUGAGGCCACUCAUUCUCAAAUCGCUACUCAUUCAGCCGGUGCCGCUCUUCAACAAGGCGAGGGAUGGUUGUCGGCCUUACAUUGAAAUUUACAGCAACGGGGCUAUGGUAUUCUCAACGAAGCGAGCCGAGUACGAGGAGAUGAAUCUUUACAGCAUGAUGAAGGGGAAGGUCUGCUUGAUCUUGGGUGACGCCACCGUCCGGGGCGACAUUACGAUGGUCGUGUACCACGCGCGUCAGCAGCUCGGCCGGGUAAUCGGCAUCAAGAUGGCCGCACUUCAUUUUCAUACUGGUUACGUACCCAUAAUCAACAGCACCAUCACCUUCGGCAAACAAGACCUGGACGAUACACCGGAAAUCGGCGGCAAUUUCAAAAUCACGGUCAAUGCGAUGAUCGGCGAGGAUUCGGCCAAAUUUUUGAGGGUGCCGGCGCCCUGGGAGACCGAGGCCAAUGAUCCGAAGCCGAUACCCGAUCCCUUAUUCGGCUCGACUUUGGAGAUGGAGGAGACGCUCGAGAAUUUUAGAACUGAAAAUUUUAACAAUCAGAUUCCCGAAGAGACGAUCUCGGAUCCAAUGACCAUACCUUUGGUGAAGCAGAGCAUAGUCGAUCCGGAUAUCGAGUGUAAUGACACUCGGAAAGUCUCGGAGAACUCGUCGAGUGCGACCGAGGCCGAUCUGCUUAAUCUCGGAAUGCCGAGCAGCGAAUGUGCCGAGGAGAAGCCGUCGCUGAGUCCGAGUCUCGAUAUAUUUGCAUCGAGUCCUAGCCACUCCGAGUCCGACGUCGGUAAUGCGGAUCUCCUGGGCGGUUUUGGGCCUUUCACCCAGGCAGCGCCACCCCCACCAUCCACGACCCCGACCGUUAAUGAAAUACCGGCGAGUGAUUUGCUAUUCGGACAGACGAGCGACACUCAGGACGAUAUGGGAGAUCUGUUAUUCGGCCAAGGAGGUCAAACCGCUCCCAGAUCAACGUCCGUCGCUGAAAACAUGAUGUUCGAUCCGUUUGGUACUAAUGUCAAGAACAAUCUCUUAGGUAACUGGUCUCAGACAAAUAAAACGGCGAAAACUCCAACCGGUGACGAAGGUUUUCCCCGAAAUGCAAGCGUACCGAAUUUCGCCGCACAAAAACAAGAUCCAUUCGCAAAUUUUGCUGGAGUGAUGGGAGCUGGCUUAACGUCUAGUUGGAACGGCACACCAAAAGAAUGUAACACUCCACAAUCAUCGAGCCCAGCUACUGGCAGUACGCCGGUCCAUACUAGUCCUCGUCUGAAUAAGCCCAUUACGCCUCUCAAUGAAGCAGCGCCUUCAACCACUCAAAUUGGACAGGAUUCUUGUAAUAAUAAGACAGCAAAAUCUGGAGACGCAUUCGAGGAUUUGCUGGGUAGUCAAGGAUAUAACUUUUUUAGCUCGCGCAAGGCUGAGAAGGAUAGCCCAAAAACAAUAAAUCAGAUGCGUAAAGUCGAGGCGGCGAAGACAAUGGAUCCAGAUACACUGAAGGUCACUGAGUGGACCGAGGGCAAAAAGGGUAAUCUAAGGGCACUACUCUGCUCAAUGCACACGAUAUUGUGGGAUGGAGUCAAAUGGCAAAAGUGUGAGAUGCAUAUGCUAGUCUCGCCAGCGGAUGUGAAAAAAUCAUAUAGGAAAGCUUGUCUUGCCGUUCAUCCAGAUAAGCAAGCUGGAACGUCGAAUGAGAAUAUGGCAAAAUUAAUAUUUAUGGAGUUGAACAAUGCCUGGAGUACCUUCGAAAACGAUGCAACGCAGCAAAAUUUAUUUAGCUAAUUAUGAGAAAUCGUUACUUGUUCUAAAGUAUAGCGAUUUAAAAGUAUCUUAUUUACAUAAAAAGUCCUGUCCUUAGCAGUCGACGGUUAAUCAAAUCGACGCUGUUGUCGCUGUGUCGUCGUACUACAUGUAAGAUAAAGUAUGGAAGAAGAAAUUAUGUUCAUUUAACAUUACGUUUGAGUUAUGGCUAUUGAAACAU